AUGGUGAUGUCGGUCAGAAUGGCUCCUCCCCUUCCUCUGAUCUUCCUGCUCAUGAUUCACAGGGUUUCUGGUGCAGAUUGGGGUGUAAAAUACAGUACUUCACACAUCUGUGCACUAAAAGACUCAUCAGUGAUAAUGAGCUGCACUUUUACAUACCCUACUGGACAUCAGAUCAUGAAAGUGUUCUGGACCAAAAACCCUGUAAAAAAUAGUGAAGAGUUUUCAGAUCUGUCUGAGGACCCUGAAUACAGUCAGAGGCUUCAGUAUCUGGGAGAUAAACAGCAGAACUGCACCGUCAGACUGAGUCAUGUGACAAAGAAAGACGAACACGAGUAUUACUUCAGAAUCAUUACUGACAAAGAUUGGAUGUGGGUUGGUAAACCAGGAGUGCGUCUCUCUGUCACAGAUCUUCAGCUGGAGUCUCCUGAGAGAGUGACAGAGGGAGAUUCAGUCCGUCUGACAUGUAACAGCAGCUGUAAACUGACUGACACACCAACAUUCAUCUGGUACAGAAACUCACACACAUUGCCUAAAAGAACUACUGGAAACAAACUCAUCUUAAUUUCAUUCAGAGAAGAUGCAGGCAGAUAUAGAUGUGCUGUACUUGGACACACACUCACAUCACCUGAGGUCUAUCUCAAUGUCACCUACGCACCAAAGAGCGUCUCAGUGUCUAUAAAUGGAUCAGCUGUAAUAAUGGUUGAAGAUUCAGUGAGUCUGAUGUGCAUCAGUGACUCAAACCCUCCUGCUCUGAACUUCAGCUGGUUUGAGGAGAAUCAAAGCUCAGCUGUUGGAUCUGGACAGAGUUUCAGUGCAGUACAGAGUGGACGCUUCUACUGUGAGGCUCACAAUCCACAUGGAGCUCAGAGAUCAGACGCCGUCACUGUCACUGUUAAAGGACGUCCGCUGAUAUUACACAUAUCUAUUGGAGUGGUGUGUGGAGCUGCGGUUGUCAUUAUGAUGUUGCUGAUUUGGUGA